CCGAGGCCGCGGCGCACACAUCCAUAGAAGGCUGUGGAGGACUCGGGACACGGGCCGUGCGCCGCCUCCCACCGCUUUCUUCUCCGCGCGUCAGCUUCUCCCCCUGCCGCCGCAGCCGCCGCCGCCGCCUCCAGCACCACUGCCUUCACCACCACCUUCGGACACAGCCGGAGAAAGUUUGUGCGUCCGAGUGCGGGGCGGGUGCGGCGGGCGCGCCCAGGAGCGCAGCGAGACCGCGCGCCUCAGACCGCCCAGAGGGGAGCGCCCCGAACUCAGGCGGCGGCGGCCGAGCCCCGAGCCCGCGCCCCCGGCCUGCGCCCCCCGCCCGCCAUGGGCGCCGCGGCCCGCAGCCUGCGGCUCGCGCUCUGCCUCCUGCUGUUGGGGACGCUGCACCGCGGGGCCGACGCCUGCAGCUGCUCCCCGGUGCACCCGCAACAGGCGUUUUGCAAUGCAGACGUAGUGAUCAGGGCCAAGGUGGUCGGCGAGAAGGAGGUGGGGUCGGGCAACGACAUCUACGGCAACCCCAUCAAGAGGAUCGAGUACGAGAUCAAGCAGAUCAAGAUGUUCAAAGGACCCGACAAGGACAUCGAGUUUAUCUACACGGCCCCCUCCUCCGCCAUCUGCGGGGUCUCGCUGGACGUCGGAGGAAAGAAGGAGUAUCUCAUUGCGGGAAAGGCCGAGGGGGACGGCAAGAUGCACGUCACCCUCUGUGACUUCAUCGUGCCCUGGGACACCCUGAGCACCACCCAGAAGAAGAGCCUGAACCACAGGUACCAGAUGGGCUGUGAGUGCAAGAUCACGCGCUGCCCCAUGAUCCCCUGCUACAUCUCCUCCCUGGACGAGUGCCUGUGGAUGGACUGGGUCACGGAGAAGAGCAUCAGUGGGCACCAGGCCAAGUUCUUCGCCUGCAUCAAGAGGAACGACGGCUCCUGUGCGUGGUACCGCGGGGCGGCGCCGCCCAAGCAGGAGUUCCUGGACAUCGAGGACCCCUAGGCGCCCCGCGGCCGACUGAAGAGCCUCCGAGAGUGCAGACUGGCCCAGCUCUGACACCCCCUCCCGGAAAUAGCAUGAAUAAAGCGGUCCUCCCAGCGGGUCUAAAUCAGUGUCGUUCUCCGCCCCGCCCCGUUCCCUGCACACUCGGCUGUGGCUCUGGAGGGACAGGCCCGUCCCGCACGGCACCGCCAGCCGGGGCUCCGAACGGCUCGGUCUCGGCCCCGGGCUGCGGGCAGGGGCGGGACUCGGGCUUCCUUCCAGGCCCAGCCUUGGCACUGCACCAACGCUGAGCGGGCGGCACUUAGGGGGCACCCCCGUACCCCGGCCUGGUCAGGGCAGAGCCUGGGGGGGUGCGUUUUGCAGAAACUCGAGGGUCAUUGCAAGACUGUGUAGCAGGCCUACCAGGUCCCUUUGUCUUGACAGGGGCAUGUCCCUCAUUUCCUGCAGCGUCCACGCCGCUGGCCCUAGGGUGUCCGUCCCCUGCCCCCCGGCACCCCUGAGCUGACCAGACUCCACACCUGUGACUCCUGUGCUCCAGGAGCAGCUUGUUCCCCAGGGAGCCCCUGUUACUCUUAUUCAUCCACAGAAUCCAGGGGGCACCUCCCUCCGGGGCGAGUGGAGAUGUGGGUAUCACCGCGCCCACCGCAGCCAAGUCAUCGUAGCCCCCAUCCCCCCCACACCCAUUCCCCAACCCUUAGGGGGAUGUGAGACCUUCCGUCCUGAGGACAGAUGCUCGGGGGCACAGUUGGCUGCCCUUGUGGCUAAGUCUUGAGCUCCCAAAAUCACUCCUGCUCCUGCCCCCUCGCUCUGGCAUCGAUGUGGAGACGCAGGCUUUGCAGGGUGCGGUUUGUGGCCUCCAUGUGCGCCCUGGGGACUUCGAAAGCCAGGUCCUGCUGUGCCCACCCCACCCCCCAGACUGGCAGUCCUUGGGCCUGGAUUUCCAGGUAGGAAGUUAGCUAAGUGUCCUGUGAAGUCCCGCCCAGGGAUGGACAAAUUUCGGCACAGGUGGCUUCAGUGAAACUCCUUUCCUGGGCCCCUGGACUCGGUUGCUGGCUUUAAGAGGCAUCGGUCUCGUUUUGCUAAAGAUGGCUUCUCAGACAGCGCAUGGACCCGCCCCACAGCCGCACCGGCCUCUGCUGGUGGCCCUCACUGCACCAAGAUGUCUCCAUUAAGAAACCUCUUUCCUAGAGAGCUCGGGGACCUGUUGGUUGCCUGAGAGCGGUUCUCGGAUGCCACCAACGUUGAGGUUAGGACAGGCAGAGGUUGCUCAGUAAGAACAAAGAUUGAAUCUCCUUUUCAAUCCCACUUGUCUUGUAAGGCCCAGCUGUUCGGAGUGUAUGGUGACUAUCGGGCGCACACAUGCACCACGAAGCCGAGGCCGGCCUGCUGGCCUGUGAGGGUACCUCCGAAAACUGCUUCCAAAAUCACCACCCUCCAAGCCUGCCCUCUUCUGCAGGGACCCCGCAGCGCCUGCAAGACCCCUGACCCCCCAAGCGGCAUGCACCCCCGUGCCCAGCUGGGACCCGGUCAGUGCAGACCCUGACGACUUCCCUUCCCAGGGCAGACGAGAAGAACUGGGGACCAGCCCAAGGGCAUUGUAAGGGCGCAGGCAUCCGCGCUGUGCGGCAGCAGGGAGCCUGCGUAGUUGGGGCCAGUCCGAGCAGCUGCAGUGUGCGCGGGACAGCAGCCCUCCGACCGCUCCGGCCGCUUCGGCCACCCCUCCCAUUGGCUUCCUGUACGGUGUUAUCCAAUGUAACAUGUGCUCCUGUUUCUGCUGACAUUUCCGAUGCUUCGGUUGGUUUCCGACAUCAGUUGUAAUCAUUCCUGUGCUGUGUCUUUUAUUACCCUUGGUAGGUGUUAGACUUGCACUUUUCCUUUUGCAGUUCCUGCCCGUGGCCGCGUGGGCCCCAGCGUGGAAAGUGUGGCGUGGUCCCAGCCUAGGGCUGCGGUUCCUCCAGCUCUCGCCCUGAGUUCUUUUGAGUUAUCCUUGCUGUUUCCACCUCCCAUCUCUUCUCUGGUUCAAGGUCCUACAGAGAAAAGGGCCUCGCAGUCCGGUUCUGAAAGACGGCCUUUGUAAUUUAAUUCAUGUUGGUCUGUUAGCCAGGCCGAGCAGGAAAAAAAAAAUUAAAAGCUGAGAGGAAGUGCCCAGGGGCGGCCGAGGGGUGACAAGGCCACUCGGACCCCCGUCACCGUGCACGGCUGCGGUGUCCUUGCCAUGGCGUUGUGAAUUUACAUUAGACGCUGAGCACGCUUCUCCUCCCUCCGUCUGUUGUCUUUAUGCAAGCAACUGGAAAUAUUUACAAUCAAGUUUACAUUGUAGUUAUUUUCAAACGUUUGCUUGAUAAGUAAUAAGAAACACCAGGGCUUGCUGCCAUAAUUUAAAGCUUUGUGGAUUUUGUUUGUUUUGUUUGGAAUUUUUAAAAAUCUGGGGCGAUGUGUUUUUGCUGGAACACCAAGUCUGAGACCUCCCUGUGCUGGGAACCGUGUGAGACGCUCAGCGUCGACAAGCAGACUGCGCAUGUCUCUCUGAUGCUUUGUAUCGUUCUGGGGUGGUCGCUCGGUCAGUGGACAAUAAACAGUAUUAUCGAAGA